GCACAGUCAACUUUUUCCCUUUGCCUUUAUCAACCAGAAAGCAAAUCGAAUAGUGUUUCGUCACACUCCAUGCCCUUCGAGACCAAGAAGCCACCUUUCGCAUCUGAAAGGCGAAUCUCCUUUCAGCCAUUCUAAUAUUCUUUUCGAAAUUUUAAUUUACAUUCAAAGAAUUCUAAAAUUCCAAUUAAUAUAAACCAAAAAAAAUUUGAGCUUACUCAAAAAGAUGGUCCAAUUUCUAGGGGCCAUUCGUGUAACUCCUCUAGCCAGUUUUGCUCACCCCGGACACCAAUUCUCUUACCAGAGCUCUUCACUUUCACUUUCGAGGAUUGGGCUCUCUCCAUUUUCGCUUUCCAAAAAUGGGUUCUCCUUGCCUAAGAGGAUUCUUCAAGCUAGCUUUAUUUCAAAUGCAAGUGGAAAUGCUGAUGCAGAGUCACCCUUAGACCAAUCUGAAAUCAUAUUCAUGGGAACAGGAACUAGUGAAGGGAUUCCACGUCUCAGCUGCCUUACUAAUCCUUCAAAGGAAUGUCCGGUGUGCUCAAAAGCUGUGGAACCAGGUAAUAAGAACAGGAGAUUGAACACAGGUCUCCUAAUUCGUUAUUCUGGGGCUGGUGAAAGACGCAACAUUCUAAUAGAUGCUGGCAAGUUUUUCUACCAUAGUGCUCUUCGAUGGUUUCCUGCUUUUGGGCUAAGGACAAUUGAUGCAGUUAUUAUUACUCAUUCUCAUGCUGAUGCAAUUGGAGGUCUGGAUGAUCUUCGAGAUUGGACAAACAAUGUGCAGCCACACAUUCCAAUAUAUGUUGCACAGCGUGAUUUUGAGGUGAUGAAGAAGACUCAUUAUUAUUUGGUGGAUACGAGUGUGGUUACAACCGGUGCUGCUGUCUCAGAAUUACAAUUUAACAUCAUACAUGAGGAGCCAUUUACAGCAUGUGAUCUGAUGUUUACCCCUUUACCAGUGUGGCAUGGUCGUGGUUAUCGUUCGCUUGGUUUUCGCUUUGGUAACAUAUGUUACAUAAGUGAUGUUAGUGAGAUACCUGAAGAAACUUAUCCACUAUUGGAGGACUCUGAAAUUCUGAUUUUGGAUGCUCUGAGGCCUGAUCGGUCGUCAUCAACACAUUUUGGACUUCAAAGGGCGUUAGAUGAAGUGCGGAAAAUUCAACCAAAGAGAACACUUUUCACAGGCAUGAUGCACCUGAUGGAUCAUGAUAAGGUAAACGAGUACCUUUUGAAAUUGAUGGAGACAGAAGGGCUUGAUGUACAACUAAGCUACGACGGGUUGCGAAUACCAGUAUCACUUUAACUUCUGUCUUGAUUCUACUUCCAUUCACAUUCUUCUUCUCAAUAAUACAUAUGACAUAGGGUACAUUGUGCUCUUUGGUUCCUCAUGAGCUCAUGCAAUUUAGUUUCAUUUUGGGAAGUGAUGAUUUCCCCUUCAUGCUUUGAAUCUUCCAGUGUAAUUCACUUUCAGCAACAGUGCUGCUGGUUUUCAUGUCGCAGGCUACUAAUCAUAGACCAAGUACCUGGUUGGUUAUUUGAAAUUAUUGUGGAGACCAGAUGAAUUAUUUCUCAUCUUAUCAAUGUCAAAUCUGGAAUUAGCUAA